GCGAUUCAUAAAAAUAAAAAUUGAUAUGAGAGAUUUAUCAAGCGUCUGGAGCCUGAUAGAAUUGGCGGCGCCACUUUUCCCUUCACAACGUGCUUCCCCCAUGACUAGUCUGAUCCCGCCGCCUAUUUUCAGCGAAUAUGAUUUCGACUCAUCUGAUGAGGAGGAUGUCCGAAAUACUGUGGGAAAUAUUCCUCUACAGUGGUAUGACAAACUCGCACACCUAGGAUACGAUGUAACCGGGAGACCCUUAAUGAAGCCAGGGGCUUUCACAGAUCCUAAAGAUUCAAUUGAUAAAUUCAUUGACUUUACUGGUGAUCCUGACUCUCUAUGGAGAACAAUAAGCGACCCUCUCACUGGACAAACUGUUGUACUCACUGAUACUGAUAUUGAGAUUGCUACAAAGUUGGCAUCUGGGAAAGGAAUUACCGGGGAUACCGAGACUCCUUUCGAGGAAUGGAAUGAGUGGUUUUCUAGUGAUACUAUGCUGACGCCUAUUAGCGCCAGACCACCUGUCAAAAGGAAUUUUUUACCUUCUGUUCUUGACAAACGAAAGGUUGGUCGCAUGGUUCAUGCUAUCAAAAUGGGUUGGAUGACUCCUCGUCUUCCGUCGUGGGCCAUCUCCGAUCCCAAUGACUUAGGUGCCUUACGCCGUUAUGCGGCCUGCACUGCCUCAGGUGGCACGGCUGUUAUUGAUUCAGAUGAUGAUGAUUCUUCAUUUUUCCUGGGUUUUCCUUCUUCAUUACUCUCAACUCACAUUUUUUCUGAUGUUUGGGAAUCUCAGCAUUCUAAAGAUCACAAUUUACCUAUUGCUUCGACGGCCGAAAGCGAGUGGCGUCGUCGACUGCCCCUUGCUCUUCAGAAUUACCGACCUCCCAGACCUAGUCCUUACCAACGUGCAGCUGAAGAGCCAUUGCCGGGUCAUGGCGCCUCCUAUAAUCCUGCCCCUGAGUUCCUCCUUUCGAAAGAUGAGUCUUAA